AUGACCACGAAUAUACAAACUAAGAGCUUUCUCCUAAAUACUGGGGCAAAAAUCCCCGCAAUCGGCUUUGGGACCUGGAAGGCUGGGCCCGGCGAGGCAGCAACAGCAGUUCAGGCUGCGUUUGAAGCAGGCUACAGGCACUUUGAUUGCGCUCCUCUAUAUGGAAACGAAGCAGAGAUAGGUCAGAUAUUCAAGACGAUCGAUGUACCCCGCAGCGAUUAUUUUGUAACUACCAAGCUCUGGUCCUCCGAUCACCACCGCAUUCAAUCUGCGUUUCAGAAAUCUCUCAACGAUCUGGGCCUUGAGUAUGUGGAUGUCUAUCUUAUGCACUGGCCGGUCACAUUACCUACCUCAACCCCCGAAGCAUACGGAAAGGAGGAUCGCACCGUUCACGACCCGGACUGGGACUUUACUGACACGUGGCGUGAGAUGGAGAAGCUUCUUGGGACAGGAAAAGUAAAGGCCAUUGGAGUAGCCAAUUUCUCAACGGUGAAUCUGAGAAAAUUACUGGAAAACUGCAAAAUUGUCCCUGCUGUGAACCAGACAGAAAUUCAGCCACUGCUUCCUCAGAAGAAGCUUAAUGCGCUGUGUAUACAACACGGCAUUCAUCAAACUGCCUUUGGUCCUCUGGGCGGCAGUGGAAGUACCCUUCACGAGAAUCCAGUUGUCAAUUCUAUCGCCGAGAAGAGAGCAUGCAGCUCUGGUAAUGUGUUGCUUAGCUGGGGUGUGAGGAAAGGGUGGAGCGUGAUUCCGAAGAGCACGAACCCGACGAGAGUUGCCACCAAUCUACAGAAAUGCUUCGAUAUGAAUGACGAAGAGAUCGCGCAGAUUGACAGUUUAGUCACAACGCUUGGGAGAAAGCGAUUCAAUCGUCCAAACUGGGGGAUAACCAUCUUCCAUGACGAUGAAGAGGCGAACGUGUAA